AUGAAGGCCGAGGCCUUCGCGUGCCCACGCAGUGACCGGCCGAGCUGGCUGGUGGGGGGCACCUUGCUCUCGGAGGGGGAACAGCUGCCGUUCCAGAUGUCAGCCUCCAGCAUCAGCGGCCCCAGCUCACCGCAGAGGGACAGGGCUUACGAGCCGAUCCUUUUCCCCUUCGUCCGCGAGUUGGAGACCGAGACGCUGCAGAUGUUAGGUUCGGUGCCGACGUUUGCCUUUGGUGGGGUGCAGCACGUGAAUCGGAUUAGCCAGACUGCCCCGGUGCUCGUGGCGCCUGCGGAGCCGUUCACCUUGGCGGACAUGUUGACCUUGAGUGGUCUCAGCCGUGCUGCGAAGCUCCUGGACAGCCCUUUGACGCGUUGGCCGGUGAAGGCGGCAGGCAGCCAAGGCCACUGCAACCUGUCGAACGCAGGUGUGGGAUGUGUUUUGAAGGAGCCUGGAAGUGCAAGGGUGGACUUCGGCUGGGAAGCUGCGAGUGCGGGAUCUCCACAAGCGAACAACAUGAAGCGCCACGGCCGAGACGCGGGAGGCAACCCCACUGCCACAGGAAGCAGCCCCUUUGCGAAGCACACUCAGGCACGCCGCGUUUUGCGGAGCCCAGGCGACCCACCCAGCCAGCUUCGCGUCUUCGGGGAGAACGAGGUGGCUGCGCUCCUCCACCAGCUGCAAGUCCGAAGGAAUGCGGGCGAGCCAGGUGUGGUGCGGCGAACGCUGCGCGUGGUGCGCAAUGAGACCUGGCAGAUUCCAGGUGGCUUCUCAGUGGAUUUGGUGCUGAUCCAUAUUGACCGUGUGGACAAUUUCGAAAAAAGCCUUCCGGAGGAUACCUAUGAAGAGCUUAAGAAAGGCUUCAGCGGGUGCUUCACCAGCUUCCCGUUUCUCCGGCCGAAAAUCAGCUCCGUCGAACAAGGCAGCGCCGCCUUCAGCGUCCGGCAAGCGAACCUCCUCGCCGCGCUGGCGGAGUACCAUGUGCGCUAUGCCUCGUCGCUGCUUCGAAGCCUGAUCCCCAAUAAAGGACGGAUUCCGGUGCAACCGCAACCGAUGCUCGAGAGGAGCGGGAAUAGCCGCCCGUUGCUGAGCAGCGGCUUGAACAGCGACAUCCACAAGGUCUGA